CCCCCACCGCACUGUGUAUAAGUGGGACACAAUUCUCACUCAGCAUCGUGAUCAUUUCCAGGAAGAACCAGGGCCUCUAUGGUUCGCUACUUCGUUACCACACACAACAUGUCCCCGAGAAACACACCCGCACUCUCGCUGCGUCUCUUCCCGCUGCUGCUGCUGCUCGGAGCGGGACAGCGGUGUCUCGCAGCCCGGCCGCUGCUCGUGUUCCUGAUUGAUGGGUUCCGCUAUGACUACAUGGAUGACCUGCAAGCACUACCCGGAUUCCGCGAGCUCGUGAGCAAUGGAGUGAAGGUGGACUACAUGACACCGGACUUCCCGAGUUUGUCAUACCCUAAUUACUACUCAUUAAUGACAGGUCGUCACUGUGACGUGCAUCAGAUGACUGGAAACUACAUGUGGGAUGAAGCCUCCAAGAAGGAGUUUCUGAUCGGGACAAACCCUGAUAGUCGUUUGCCUCUUUGGUGGGAUGGAUCAGAGCCCAUAUGGGUCACCCUGCAGAAACUGGGAAAGAAGGUGUUCAUGUACUACUGGCCUGGCUGUGACGUGGAGAUUCUGAAUGUCCGUCCAUCAUUCUGUGAGGAAUGCGUCUACAACCCAUCAGAGAAAAACUUCACAGACUCGAUAGAGAAUGCUCUCAAUGUCAUGAGGUCAGGCCAAGCAGGCAUGGCAGCAAUAUAUUAUGAGAAGAUAGAUGUGGAGGGCCAUCACUUCGGCCCAGACUCUCCUCAGCUCAGAGCAGCUGUGCACCAACUGGAUCUUGCUUUUCAGACACUCAACAGCAAAAUCAAAGAGAAAAAGAUGGUGAACCAGCUGAACAUUAUGCUAUUUUCAGACCAUGGUAUGACAAAGAUCCAGUGGAUGGAGAAGGUCAUAGAGCUGGACAAGUAUAUCAACAUGUCAGCCAUUGCCAAGAUGAUGGACAGAGGACCAGUGGUCAGUCUGUGGCCCAAAGAUAAGAAGUACCAAGAGGUGUAUGCCGCAUUGUCCCAGGUCCCUAACAUGCGUGUCUAUGGCAUUCAGGAGAUCCCUGAACGUUUCCAUUUUAAAAAGGGGAAGUUUGUUCCCCCCCUGACGCUGGUGGCUGACCCAGGCUGGUUUAUGAUUGAGAACAAGGCAAGACUCCCAUACUGGAAAAACGACUCUGGGGAGCCCUCAGCAUGGCAAAAUGGUUGGCAUGGUUACGACAACGAGUUCCUCGACAUGAGAGGCUUUUUCUUGGCGUCAGGACCUGAUUUCAAGCGGAAUGUUCGGGCGGCUCCAAUUCGAGUGGUGGACGUCUAUAACGUGAUGUGCUGGACAUUGGGAGUGAAACCUUUGCCCAAUAAUGGGUCCUGGUCUCGGGUAGAGUACUUUCUGAAUGACUCUGAUGGUCCAUCCCAGCCUACAACCCUAUGCUUUAUGGGUUUGUUAGGAAUACUGCUUGCAUUAUGGAACUAAAGCAAUGAACAGUUCAGUGUGUAUGGCAUCUGAUGGUAGCUAGAAAUUAUCUGCUAGAAAGAGUUAGAACAUUAAACCGUGUAGAGGUUAAUGCAUCUAAAAGUAAGGGGGAAAGAAACGAAAUAGGCUUGAAAGUGUCUCCUUGAAUUGGUUAGAGCAGAGGUCUUAAACAGGGGGUCCACAAAAAUAAUAAUUUUCAACCAAUUGUUUUUCCACAAGUUUAAAUGUCUUUAGAUACACAUUAACAUGAAUCCAACAUAUUGUAGUGAAUUGAUAAAUGAAGGCAGAAGACGUUAUCUUUCAGUCAACAAUGCUCACAUUCAGUAUUCAUUGAAUUGCUUAGUAUUGAAUAACAGGGUAUCUAUGUUUAUACAUGGCACUAGGCCCAGUUUAAUAUAAAACACCAUUUUAUACAAUAUAUAUAGUAGGGGGUCCCUGCUCCAUCUCUCCAUCCGUUUGGGGGUCCUUGGCCUGAAAAACGAUGAAGACCCCUGGGUUAGAGCAUUCUUAAGGACCAAGAAGUUGAAGCCCUAAAAGGCCUUUAAUGUUUUCCAGGAGCUCAUCCCAACUUCCUAAAUGGACCGGUAAAAAAGAAAAGCCUUACAUGCCCACAACAGAAAGGACUUCCAUUCUGGAUCCUUAAGAGCCCUAAAGUCACAUUUCCUUUUCCUUCCCCAGCUCUCCAUGCCGGAUUUCCUAAUAAUUUUCUAAAAACAUUUCUGGAAAGAACUGGUCAUUUGAAACUAAUUACAGUGAAAAUAAGAAAUUCCAGAAAACAUUCUAGGAAAUUUUACAGAAACAAUAUACAUAAAAUAAAUUAUGGCUAUAAAAUAAAGCCUUACUGAUUUCUAGGUAUUUGAAACCCUGAAGCUGUUGAACUGCUUCUCUCUUUUCUUUUCUCUUUUUAUUUUCACCAGACAAAUGUGAUGCCAAGAAACAAAACCCCUGUAUAUCCAGAUCAGAAUGAACCAUUUUGGAUAUUACAGUAAGCACUUUUAAAUUGAUAGACUUCAUACAGUAAAUAAUGUAAACCCUUGUUUUUCAGAACAAUUUUCUUCCUUUUUUAUGCUUGGUCUCUUUUAAAAUCUUGUAAAUCACUAUGUGUGGUGGAUGACUAUAACUGUGACGCUCAUUUUUGAUCUGUCUACAACUUAAUUCUAUUGUGCAAUCCUGUAUUGUAUUGUGACAAUAAAGCUAAAUCUUGAAUUCA